CUCGCAUGAGAGGUUGUAUUUUUGGUUUCCGCAGCUUUGUGGAUCAGUUGUCAGGCGAAAAGGGUCCUUGAUUUCAGGGAUUUCGCCGCAGGAGGAAGGUCUGCAGGUUCCUCCAUCUGCAGUAGCUGCCUGGCAAGUUUGGGCAAGUAGCAGCAGCAAGAGAAAUACUGAGUAGGGAAUCAACCCAUCUGGGAAAUGGAAGGGAAGCCUUGCACUGAACAUGGCAGAGUUCAACCAAGCAAUCUGCUCUCUCGCAUAUUGAGGAGAAACUUUUCCCUUGCAGAUUUGAUUUGAUUUGAUUGUCUACUAUUCAACGGAGUAUGAACAGAGAAAGCUAGUGGAGUCAGCAACUAUCAUCGUUUCUGAAUAGUCAAACUCAAACCUCGGCCAACCACGAUUGGGGUAAAGAGUGGAAAGUGGGCAUUAAUUAAUGAUAGGCGGAAGAAUCGACAGGAGGGAAGAAGGGAGCAACUUGCCAAUUGAAAAGUCAAAAGAAUGGAUGUAAAGGUUUCCCCUUUGCUAUUACUUAUCCAGUUGAAAGCAACUUGCCAAUGAUGGAGGGCUUUACAUUUUUUAAACAUUACCAGCUCAACCCUUUUCAGAAACAGUGCAGCAGCUUCCAACUGUAGAUUCAACUCAUUCAACAGCAGAGAUCUUUUGAAAUCCCCGAGCGUCUCAGAACCCAACCAUCAGUCCAAAAAUGAAGAGCUGGUUAUGGUGCUUCAUUUUACUAUUGACUAAUCAUGGAGCACAAAGUCUCAACCUUUCCUGCAGAACGACAACCAGCUGCGGUGGAAACAGCAGUGACAUCAGGUUCCCAUUCACUAUCAGAGGUAGGUCAUCUGGGUACCAGGGAUUCCCAGGGUUCGAUCUGUCUUGCGCUGGAAGAAACCAAACCUUGCUUCACCUUCCGAAUUCGGUGAACCUCACACUUCUCAGCAUCGACUAUGAAUCUCAGCUUGUUCAUGUUAAGAGCCCAGAUGAAUGCAUGCCGAGACAACUCCGUGACCUUGAUUUCGCUUCCUUGCCAUUAAAAUUGGAAGGGAGUUUGCCCACUUACACUUUGUUCAAUUGCCCCAAGCUCAGUCACAUCACUUCGUCUCUGUCAUGGGUGACUUGCUUGGGCAGCACGGUGUUUUCCCUCGCUUCUGGGUCACCUCUGAAUGAUGUGAACUUGGUGUCGUGUACGAAGAUGUACGAUCUCCAAUUACCAGCCCUGUCUAACGAAGAUCAGAGUCUUAUGUUGAGCUGGUCGAACCCACGUUGCAGCAGAUGUUAUAAGUCAAAGGAGGAAUGUUGUGUACUGAAGCAGGGGCCGAACCCUGACCCUGAAGUUGAGUGCUCUGGUGAUGCUACUCGCAAGAGAGUGUCGCCUUUGAGGAAGGGAUUGAUUGCUGGAGCGGUUCUCGGUUCAGUUUUCAUUGUGGUAGUGCUCUUUGUGCUCUACCGUGCAUACAGGUACGAUAGGAGGGAAAAGGAGUACCGACAUAAGAUUGAGAAGUUCUUGGAUGAUUACAAUGCUCUCAAGCCAACACGAUUCUCUUAUGCUGAUAUCAAGAGGAUCACAAGCAAGUUCGGAGUUGAACUGGGUCGAGGAGCUUAUGGAACAGUGUUCAAAGGCAAGCUGUCAAGUGAAAUCCAAGUUGCUGUCAAAGUCCUGACCAGUAGCUCCAUAGAAAAUGGGGAAGACUUUGUUAAUGAAGUGGGAACAAUGGCAAGAAUCCACCAUGUUAAUGUGGUUAGACUGAUUGGCUUCUGUGCAGAUGGGUUUAGAAGAGCACUAGUCUAUGAGUACUUACCAAAUGAUUCACUGCAGAAAUACAUCUCAGAUGGAAAAAACCAAACCUCCAGUUUGGGUUGGAAGACACUCCAAGAUAUCUCUCUGGGAAUAGCCAAAGGAAUCGAGUACCUUCACCAGGGAUGCGAGCAAAGAAUCUUGCACUUCGACAUAAAGCCUCACAACGUUCUCCUCGACCAGAACUUCAACCCGAAGAUCUCGGAUUUUGGCCUGGCCAAGCUUUGUGCGAAGGACCAGAGUGCCAUAUCCAUGUCCACAGCCAGAGGGACCAUAGGAUACAUUGCUCCAGAAGUGUUCUCGAGGAACUUCGGGAACGUGUCAUACAAGGCCGACGUGUACAGUUUCGGGAUGUUGUUGCUGGAAAUGGUUGGAGGAAGGAAGAACAUCGAUGUGGCAACAACAGCAGCAGAUGGUGGUGGUGAACAGAUAUACUUCCCAGAGUGGAUUUAUAGCCUUUUCGGCGAGUCUAGAGAAGAUGUUAGGUUUGAUUUGGAGGAAGCAGAGGAGGAAGAUGGUAAGAUUGCCAGGAAGCUGGCAAUAGUGGGGCUAUGGUGCAUUCAGUGGAACCCAGUCGACCGACCUCAGAUGAAACUUGUGGUUCAAAUGCUGGAAGGCCAAGGUGAUGAUUUAAAACCACCUCCUAAUCCUGUUAGCUCUAAUCCUGGUGGUGGUGUGUUCAGAAUGGCUAGCAUGGUAAAGUCAAAGCCUGUGCAGGAGUUGGAAAUCAUACCAGAAAUAGAAUGAUAAAACCUUUAUUUCUCCCCCUCCAUUUCCAAUGAUGCCAACUCUGAAUCUGAGUUCGAGCAAAUGAGAUUACUAGAGCAGUAUAUGAUAGUACAUAAACGCAUGUUGAAAUCAACAAGUAAUCCACAGCCAUGAUUCCACUGAUUGAUCUGACAAUUUUUUGUGAACAUUCGUUCUAUGA